AUCAUACCUACCGGGAAGCACGAAACCAUCAGUGUAAGCGCGACCAUAGUGACCAGUUUGGAACUUGUUAUUCAAUAUUUAACCGAAUAAUUCUUCCAGUCUACACUUUUGAAGCACUGGAUAUAUCCCCUGAUUAGCCCAUGCAAACUAGGACUCAAUAAUCGGGCAUCGUGAGCGGAAUUGGCGUAUGGAGGGAUGAAGAACUGAUACCGACAAAUUUAUCCACACUGACUGUCGAACUGUCCUUGGAAUCGGGGACGGCCGUCUGCCAUAUCUUAUCCCCGUGAUCAAAUUACCACGGACGCGUACUGUACUUUUCCGUAAGAAAUAUCAUAAAAAUAAUGGCAUCGCACGACCCCAAAAACGCCCUCGACCACCUCAUCCUGUUCCUCCCCGCCGACCCGGACACCAACUUGCCCAAAAUCCCUUCCUUUAUCAGCGACAACUUCACGCUCACACCCGGCGGCGUUCACGCGGAUGGCCUGACAUCGAACACACUCAUCCUCCUCGCAGACGGCUGCUACCUCGAGCUAAUCUCCUUCCUCCCCUCCGCACCCUCAGAUAAAGUCUCCGCCCACUGGUGGUCUCACUACGCUACUUCUCCCGGCUGGGCCGACUGGUGUCUGACCAACGACCUCACCCCAGAAGCCAACCACGCCUCUAUCGAGGCCUCCCACAAAACCCCUGUCCACGGCGGCCGCCAGCGCCCCGACGGCGUCGACGUAAAAUGGGCCGUUACCUUCCCUCAAGGGGAGAGAGGGCUGACGCCGUUUUUUUGUCAUGAUACGACGCCGAGAGAGAUCAGGGUGCCGCUGUCGGAUGAAAAAAUGAAACAUCCGUCGGGUGUGCUGGGGGUGCAGAGUUUGACGGUUAUGGUGGACUCAACCGCGUCGCUUGAUGCCACGCGCGCCACGUACAAGACGCUGCUCACCGACCUCGCCCAUGCCGACACGUCACACUCCUGCUUCGGCACGGACCGCUUCGUGUCCAUUCCUGAGUUGCCUAGCGGCGCGAAGGUCAAAUUGGUGCUACCCAGAGACGAGGAGGAUGGGGCCAAAGUGCGCCCCGGAGGAUUUUGGUAUGGGGACGUUGUGCUGGCGGCUCUGGCAAGAGAGGGGAAGCCCAAGGGGAUGAAGGAGCGGCUUGAUGGCGGUGGGGAUGAUCUUCGAGGACUGUGGGUGCAGUAUGUUUGAUUUCAAUGUAGGAGGUGGGGUUCAGAGGGUGUGUGGUACGAAAAAUCAUGGAUGAGGCGGGCAGUCCAACAGAUCAACUAGCUUUUUCAGCGAAGCUUUGCUUUAUGUUCUAUCUGCGUAAU